AUCUGCUGGCAAGUGUGAAUAAUUUGUACGAUCAGCUGCAGGAAAUUGAACAUUGCGGGUGGAAAGGGAACAUCACGGAUAACUUUCGACAUUUUUCUCUGAGGAAGUUUUCCAACAUGUACUCAUUCGUUCCUUACAGCACCGCUUCUGCUUUGUUCUUUAUGUACGUAUCGUUUGCCCUGACGCUGUACUGGAACUAUUUGGAUGUGUUCAUCAUACUGAUAAGCAUUGCCAUCGCCACCCGGUUUGACCAAAUCAACACCCACCUGCGGACGUUGGCCGGCGGAGGUGUACUGAUCCCGAACGAGCCCUUCUGGAUCCGGGUCCGGACGCAUUAUGUCUCCCUUUGCGAGCUGCUGGACGAAGUGGACCGGGCCAUCGCCUGGAUUGUGCUCAUAUCGUGCGCCACCAAUUUGUAUUUUAUAUGUCUGCAAAUACUGAACGUGUCGCAGAAGCUGCGCUAUCCAAUGAACGACGUCUACUACUGGUUUUCGUUGCUGUUUCUGAUUGGACGAACCGCGACGCUGUUCCUGUGCGCUGCCCACAUCCACGAGGCUGCCAAAAGGCCGCUCGAUAUCGUAGCGAAAAUUCCUAACAAUGGAUGGAGCGUUGAGUUGGACCGAUUUUCAUCGCAGUUGAAAAGCGAAACGAUUGCACUUUCCGGUAUGGGCUUCUUCCACAUCACCCGGCAGCUACUUUUCUCGAUGGCCGGCACAAUCGUAACGUACGAGCUGGUGAUGCUCAAAUUCGACAAGGAAUCCGAAGGCAAGGGCUACAUUCGACCGUGUUCGUUUUUCGAUAUCGAGAAAAAGUGGCUCACAUGAUUCGUCGUUGGAGGGGGUGCUGUGAUGGUGAAGGUCAACCGGCAAACGACGACGAAGACGACGCAUUCCGCAAAACUCAUCAAAUCGAUGAUGAUAACUUUUCUGGAACAGGGUUAGAGGCAAAAUGGUGCGUGAGCAAUCGAAACUGGUUGUGUGGUAGAGAUUAUGUUUACGUUGCACAGUGGUUCAAUAUAUUGAAACGCGAAAUGAAGCAUUCCAUGCUGGUAAUCUCAACUGAAAAACAAAAAAAAAAAU